AUGUCCGCCCAAGAAGAAUUCAACCAGCUGGUGAACAAUAACCGUUCACGCUUCACCUCCCAUCCAGAAGACCAGGAAUCAGAACCUUACUUCUCCGACGAAGAACCCGCCUCCCGCCUCCGCUCCCGCCAAACAGUCGACUCCUCCGACGAGGAAGCCGACGCAGACAUGGUCUCCUCCCGCACCGCCAACGCAAACUACCACAUCCCCAACACCGUCUACGAAGCCAACACAGGACCCAAGGGCGUUAUCGCCGACGCCCAGGCCUUCGAGCGCGCCCGCAAGAAGUCCUUCCGCCGCACCCUCCUCAGCGUCGCGGGGCUCGACUCCAACAGCGCCUCCUACAGCUCCAAGUCCACCCGCGAUGACGUGCCCCUCGCGGCCGGCGACCAGUCCUCCGCCAGCGAGGACGACGACGAGGCCCGCUUCAUGAGCAAGUGGCGCCAGUCGCGCAUGCACGAGCUGCAGGGCCGGAAUAAUCGCCGUGCCAGUCCGCGCGGUAGACGCUAUGGAUCGGUCGAGACGGUUGAUGCCGCGGGGUACCUCGAUGCUAUUGAGAAGGUGACGCCUGACACGGUGGUUGUUGUGUGUAUUUAUGAUCAGGAGUUCGAUGACAGCGCUAUUGUCGAGGAGUGUCUGGUCACUAUCGCUCGCAGACAACCCACUACCCGCUUCGUCAAGAUGCAUCACGAUAUCGCCGAGAUGGAUCACAUCAAGGCCCCUGCUCUGCUGGCCUACCGUGGUGGUGAUGUCUUUGCUACUAUUGUCGAUGUCUUGCGCAACAUUCCUCGCGGCCGCAGCUGUAGUGCUGACAGCCUUGAGGACUUGUUGAAGCUGCACCGUGUGCUAUGA